AUGAUAGCUUUUCAAUUUUCAACUAUUUCAAUAAUUUUAAUUGUUGUAUCGUUUUUACACAUUGAUGCCUCAAUUCAUCGAUAUAUUCGACAAGUAACAGCAACUCAGUGUCAAUAUCCAAACAUCGUGAUGUGUGAUUAUGUUCAAUGUACAAAUGGACGCUGUGUAGAAGAUAAAAACAGUGUUGACUGUUACAAAUGUCAAUGUGCUCCUGGUUUCACAGGCAAACUAUGUGAUUCACCUAUUGUUACACCAAGCGCAUGUAAUCCCAGUUGCCAAAAUGGUGGUGAAUGUUCACAAACGGCUACAAAUACAUUUAUUUGUAUUUGUCCACCAGAGUAUACUGGUAAUCAAUGUGAAACAUCUGUAUUAGACAAUCAUCCGUGUAUAACAAUUCCAACAAUUGUGUGCCAAAAUGGUGGAGCAUGUAACAUAAAUGGAGCUGAUUACUUAUGUAGCUGUGCAAUCGGAUGGACCGGACGGAAUUGUCAAACACCACAAAACUCUUGUCCUGUUGACUACUGUCUAUCGGGUGGUACUUGUCAAAUGAAUGGAAGUGCUCCGUAUUGUAAUUGUCCAGCAACACAUUUCGGUCAACGUUGUGAAAUAUUAAUUGGAGGAUUAACCACAACCACAACCACAACCACAACCACAACCUCAACUACAUCGGCAGGAACACCACCAUCCAUUAGUUGUGCAACAAAUCCCUGUUUAAAUGGUGGAUCAUGUUAUGCUACUGGCAACAGUGCUCUAUGUCUGUGUAAACAAGGAUGGUCAGGUCAAUUUUGUAGUGUACAAAAUGUAAUAACGACAACAAUAGCAACUACAACAGCCACCUCUGGCACUUGUUCUCCAAAUCCAUGUUUAAACGGUGGUUCAUGUCUUCGACAUGGUAAUAGUUACAUUUGUGUUUGUACAUUACAAUACACAGGCCCAACAUGUGCAUUGGUUAGAACUACAACGGCACCUCCAGUCAUCUCACCAAAUUCUACAAUUACAUGCUUACAGCAGCCAUGUCGAAAUGGUGCAACUUGUUAUAAUAGUGGUAGUUCAUACUUUUGCUAUUGUGGUUCUAAUAAUUUGUAUACUGGUAAAAAUUGCGAAACAAACAUUUCCCCACUACCAACAACAACAACGCCAUCACCAACAACAAUAACGCCAUUACCAACAUCUAAUUGCCCAUUAAACUGUGGAUCUGGUACUUGUGUUAAUGUUGGCAGUGGUAAUCAAAUACUAUAUGCUUGUUUGUGUCAAGGUACUCUGACCCCAACAGCUUGUUUAAAAUAG